ACUGGGUCACCAAGCUCGACAGCGAGCACCGAGUCAUCUGGCAGGACAGCGGGUACCGAGUCAUCUGGCAGAACCGCGGGCACUGGGUCACCAAGCUCGACAGCGGGCACCGAGUCAUCUGGCACGACAGCGGGUACCGAGUCAUCUGGCACAACAGCGGGCAUUGAGCCAUCUGGCACGACAGCGGGCACCGAGCCAUCUAGCAGAACCGCGGGCACUGGGUCACCAAGCUCGACAGCGGGCACUGAGUCAUCUGGCAUCGAGUCAUCUGGCAUGACAGCGGGCACGGAGUCAUCAGGCAGAACCGCGGGCACUGGGUCACCAAGCUCGACAGCGGGCACCGAGUCAUCUGGCACGACAGCGGGUACCGAGUCAUCUGGCACAACAGCGGGCAUUGAGCCAUCUGGCACGACAGCGGGCACCGAGCCAUCUAGCAGAACCGCGGGCACUGGGUCACCAAGCUCGACAGCGGGCACUGAGUCAUCUGGCAUCGAGUCAUCUGGCAUGACAGCGGGCACCGAGUCAUCAGGCAUUGGAUCACCUGGCUCGACAGCUGGCACCAGGUCAUCUGGCUCAACAGCGGGUACUGGGUCA